AUGAAGCAGUUCUUUACAACCUGGCACCAACAACAAGUAAAUUUGAACCGAGUCGUCGUCAGGGCUGUAAGCUUCGAGCUGAUGGAAUCUGGCACAGCCAGCCACGCAUGUACAGUACAGCGGUUGCUCCUUUGUGCCGAGGCAAGCUUCAUUGUUAUAUUGCUGUCCCUGCUGGUCAAUGUGGGCGCUUUGGUGGGAUACACUUCGCAGGACAUCGCCCGCAGUGGUAUCCUUCCCGCCGAGCAGGUCGUUUGGAAUUUUCAGAAGGCGAUGCGCUGUGUCCUCGUGGUUCUUUGCUUUCGCGCCGGGUUCCUUCACCGUCAAAAACUUUUCGAUGGUGACGCCCAUAAGUGGCCUAAUCUAGUUUUUACCCGGUUAAGUCAAGAACUGUGGCUCCUUCCGUCAGACGAGGAUAGCGGCGUCGUAUACCGCCGAUACAUUUGCUUGGCGCUUGUUGUACUGGGUCGAGCUGUUCUCGGCACGGUCCGAAGUGCCAUCAAGUUCCAUUCCCACAUGACCAGUGAAGAGAAGGUUGACGACAAGUCCGUGGAUAGCCAGAUAUGUUCUGGGCAGUUCAUCAACUGGACAAUCUUCUUGCUGGAUAUCACGACAAAUUGUGGAUUUUUGCUUGGCUUCCGAGCCGGGCGUCACUACUUUGCUGCUGCGAAGCAGGCAUUCCCUGAAGAGUCGGACAGCGCUCCAGAGCUGACGAGCAAUGGCGAGGACAGUUCCGAAUCCAGACAUCAAUCCCAUGGUGAGGAAGAGCCUGACGUACCCGGAAGGAGAAGGCAUUCGAUGGCAGUGCCUGCGCUUCGCCGACCCUCGGCUGUACAGCGACGAGUUCGGAGUCGGGCGGUUGGCACGGGGGAUGAUCCCAACGACAAUCCAGAAGAUGAGGAUGCACAGCUGUCACCAAAGAAGUGCCAGCUGCCGCCAAAGGAGAUUUGCCUGCAAGCCAUGUGCAAGGGUGAGCAGGUUGAUCACGGGCCGAUUUUCUCUUGCUAUGCAUGGUGGACCCUUCUGGGUCUUCUUGUUACAUCAGCCAUCGAAUGUUUGCUCCUGUCCUACUGGGAGGCGGCCUUGCUUGGAAAUCGGGACGAUGAGGUAGAUGUGUUUCGAAUGCGGCCUUACUUCUUCUCCUGGACACCAGACUUUGGAAGAUGGCGGCUGCGCCGAGUAGUUCUCGGCAGCUGGCGCGACCUAUUCUACUUUGCGAUCCUUUAUCCUGCAACGGCCAGUGCCUUUUUUGUUGCAGCUGUACUGGCUCAUCACUUUGCGUGUGGCAGGCUACGUCUCGUAGACGGCAUCAUGCACAGGGCAGUGAUGACGAUCAUGUCGUACGCCACCCUCUUGGGAUCACAGCGCGCGUACUUUGCCAUGAGCUGCUUGCUCAUCAGCUGGGAGUGCAGACAACUUGAGAUCCGCGCCAAUGACUUUGCGCGACGCUUCCCGGGACUUAGCCCUCGCCAGCCCGUCCAUGCCAUGGUCUGGAAUUUCUUGACCCUGGAUGCCGUGGAGCCAAAACGGUGGAGCGCUGCAGAGGUGAAGCUCUUUGAGGAAGCAUUCGCAGAAAGAUCCCAAGCACCAGAGAGUCCCAUCUCGCAUCUGGUUGACGACAUCAUCCGGGAGGUGCGCCGACAAUGCCUGGAAUCCCCCACAGCUGGCCUGCGGUUGGCACUCCGUGUUCUACAACACGCAGCUGGCCAAGCCGCGAGGUCAUUUGCGCUUGACGUUCUUCGAGAGGUUUGCACAGAGUGGUGGCUUCUUGACGAGGAGGAGCAGCACCAACUCUACGAUGUCAUUCUGCGGACACGUGAUCUUGAUGCAGAUUGGGGACUGCAGGUAGCCAAGAUUCUGGAGGUCAUCGGCCAGCAAAGUGACCUUUGUCGGCUCAUGCGAUCACAGUCGCGUUUGCAACGCUCUGGUCUGAGCUCCUCACAGUCACAGCCACAGCUGCGAACAAGAAGUCUGGCUUCGAACAGUCAAUUCGCUCCAACUCGCGUUCCCAUGACUCGCCAGUCCGUGUGGGAUCGGGAGAGCAUCCCGAAGGAUCCGCCAAAGAAGCCGAUCCCCUGGUGGACGCCCAGGCAAGUGUCUUGGCUUGCUGGGCAGCCUAUUUUCCCUGGCGAGCAGUUCAAGGCGCCAUGUCCUGCUUUUCGAUCAGUUGGGCGCUUCUACUUCGAGAACUACCAGCGCUGCCAUCCAUCUACAUUCUGA